AUGAAAACUUUUAUGUUUUGCGUAAUUUUGUUGAUUCCCAAAGUUGGUUCAACCAUCGAUGACUUGAAUGAUAUGAAGUAUAUUGAAGAAACCGAAUCGUUUUUCAGGGAGAGAUGUGAACCUCAAUGUAUUUACACCGCGAAUCUUUACAACAAUCGCUCUGCUAUCCCUGGCCUAUUCACAUCUGAAAUGGUUGAUAUUUUCCCUAGACAAUGUACAAAAGUUUGUUGUGAAACAAUUAUUAAAGCCGAGUCUAAUGUAUCAGAGGAACAGUUAGCAAGAACAUUUCAAAACGUGAAGCAUUUAGUUGGCAGUUUGCAUGUAUCAUUUACAGAGUAUGAGAGUUUAAAGUUUUUAGAAAGUCUGGAGACUUUGGAAUGUGGAGAUCGAGAGUUUCUAUGGGAAGACAAUAAAAUGAAUGAUAUGGGACUCACUAACUUGACAACUGUUAUAUGCGCUGACUUCCGUAUUUUUAACAAUUUCAGAAUGAACAAAUUGAAUUUGCCGAAUUUGAUAAAUAUCGUGCCAAGAGAUGCUAAUGGUUCAAGGAUCAAAGUUUCAAUUCUUAGUUCCAUGCUAACAACUGAUGUGACGAUCCAAGAAGCUAUGACCUUCCUUAGCAAUCCUGAUGUAGACUUUGAAAUAUCACAAGUGGAUUUUAUUAAUACAAAAACAGACACCUGCAAUGUGGGUAACGGUAUUCCUGAAGGAUGUAAGCACGUUUUUGGUGAUUUGAAAAUCGGUCAGGAUAAUGAGCAUUUGGUAAGCAGAUUGAAAUCAGUUGAGGUUUUAUUUGGAGGCCUGCUAAUAAGUCGAACAAGCUUGACAACUAUUGACUUUUUUGAUAAUCUGAAAUACAUUUUAUUGCACACUUCGUCGAUGGAGGAAGCCAUUAGAGUUGAAUACAAUGUAAACUUGACAAAUUUUUUAUUCCCCAGUUUGAAGCGAAUUUAUCCAACUUCAACCGUAUACAGUAAAUUCAUUGCUCAUCAUGUAGUUUUCUCUAAUAAUAAUAAGAUUAUUUCAACUGAUCCAAUUUAUUGUGAUCAAUUCGAGCAUGUCUUGAAUGUGAGUAAUGUAAAGGAAUCUUUCGAUAAGAAAAGUUGUGGUUAG